AUGUACGAGGGCGAAUGGUUUUCCGUACUCCUCAAAAUCGAUACCGGCAGCUUAGAACAGCCCCAUCUCUGCUUGCACACAACUGGAAGCAGCAUCCAGACUCCACAUCUCAACACCAUCGGUCCCAUUGAGAACUCUACGUCGGGUAAAAUUGGUGAAACACAAAAGACGGGAAAUAUCCCAAGAGAUCCGCAGUUGGAUCUUUAA